AUGGCUGUGCCUCUACUUCUCUCCUGGGGUAAUCCCAUGAUUCCGGGGCUUGAUACCUCGGCUACAGAGACGGCCCAGUGGAGGGGUAACCUGAAUGGAACGCUGCUCAUGGAGAGAAGUCCGUGGCAGCGCAGCCUUUCAACGUUCGCGGAGCAGCUCUCAACAGAGUUGAUUAUGUGGCGAGGAGCGGAAACUUCGAGGCUAGGCGUCAAAACCGGCAACCCGUUCAACAACCACAAGGAGUACAAGGGACAAUAUCAGUACCUGCGCCACAGGGGCAUUCAGCGUAGCAUUCACAUGGAGCGCCGCAUGGACUCCAAGGGACACCAUCACAACUACCGGCGCCACAGGGGCCUCAUUCGUCAUCCUCCAUACCAGCACCACAGGGACUUAACGCAUCAUCGUCACCAGCAGCCGCCCCUCUGGAGCCCGUGA